AUGGAUUUAAGUGAAAAGAUAAUGAAAUUAAAGGUGCUAAUGUUAUUACUCCUUAAGGUAAAAUUUUUAGAUUAAAUAUCAACAUUUGAUAUGAUUUAAAGGGAUAUGUAUUUAAAUCUGAAUUAGCUAGUAUAUAAAUACCAGAAAUUGAAUUAGAAAUGUGUAAUGGUAUUUUAGGAUCUGUAUUUACUAAAAUUUAAGGUUUAACUUAAAAAAUCUUAGUCCAUUUAAGAGAAAAAAACCUUAUAUAAAGGUGAUCCAUAUCGUAAUCAUAAGCUAUAAAAGGUUUUUGAUUAAUUAGAAGCUUUUCAUGAACGAACUUAAGAUUUUGCAAUAGUUAUUAAAGAUUUAAUCUAUACAACAAUUAUAUUAUAAUUUUAUUACAAUAUUUAUUAUUAAAAUAAAAAUUCUACUUAAUAAUAAUUUUGA